AUAAUUGGUGUGAUUUAUUUUCAGAGCUGUGGGACCUUUGCUCGGGCCCUGGACUGCAGCAGCUCCAUCCGCCAGCCCAGCCUCCACAUGAGCGCAGCUGCCGCCUCCAGAGACAUCACGCUGUUCCACGCCAUGGACACGUUGCAGAAGAACAGCUACGACCUGGCCAAAGCCAUGUCCACGCUGGUUCCUCAGGGGGGGCCGGUGCUGUGCCGCGACGAGAUGGAGGAGUGGAGCGCCUCCGAGGCCAUGCUGUUCGAGGAGGCUCUGGAGAAAUACGGCAAAGACUUCAACGACAUCCGCCAGGACUUUCUUCCCUGGAAGUCUUUAGCCAGUGUGGUCCAGUUCUACUACAUGUGGAAGACUACCGACCGCUACAUCCAACAGAAACGACUAAAGGCAGCGGAGGCAGACAGCAAGCUGAAGCAGGUGUACAUCCCCACCUACACCAAGCCCAACCCAAACCAGAUCAUGGCGCCCGGCAGCAAGCCCGGUAUGAAUGGGGCUGCAGGCUUCCAGAAAGGACUCAGCUGUGAGAGCUGCCACACGGCCCAGUCUGCUCAGUGGUAUGCCUGGGGGCCUCCCAACAUGCAGUGCAGACUGUGCGCCUCCUGCUGGAUCUACUGGAAGAAGUACGGAGGCCUGAAGACCCCCACACAGCUAGAGGGCGCUGCAAGAACUGGCUCUACCGGCCCCCGUGGUCACAUGACCCGCCAGGAAGUGCAGGGCUUGUCGCCGUUCACCCGCAACGAGGGGCGGGCCAAGCUGCUGGCCAAGAACCGACAGACGUUCAUCCUGCAGACCACCAAGCUGACCCGCAUCGCCCGGCGGGUGUGUGAAGACAUCCUGCAGCCGCGGCGCGCCGCACGCCGGCCCUACGCCUCCAUCAACGCCAAUGCCGUCAAGGCUGAGUGUAUAACCAGGCUGCCCAAAGCCACGAAGACUCCUGUAAAGACGAAGGUGAUCCCUCGACCGUCCCUGGCCAACAUCGUGAAGGAUUUAGCCAUCACAGCUCCUCUGAAACUGAAGGCGUCCAGAGGACCCCCGACCCCCAUCAACAGGAACCAGGCCAGCAACCAGCCUCGUGUGGGCCAGAGCUUGCUGGGAAAGAGAGGCUUUGAAAGCGCUGCAGGCGUGCCCUACCCAGCCAAUGGGAGGCCGUACACUUCAGGUAUGAGGACCACCUCUCAGUCGGUCAUCAAGAGGCAGAAGGUCAGCCAGGGGGAGGCCCCCAACCCUGUGGUGUUCGUGGCUACCAAGGACACCAGGGCUCUGAGGAAACAUCUGACUCAGUCCGAGAUGCGUCGGGCGGCGAGGAAACCCCACCUCCUGGUCCGGAUCAAACUGCCGCCACCCCCCCCGCUCCCUGGUCAUGCCCCUGCUCCCCUCCAGCACCAGCGAACCCAUCGUCCUGGAGGACUGAAGCGGCGAGACAGGAGGGGUCUUUUAACAGGACACUGGGGUCGGGUGGGAGUGGGGGGGUCUGUGCUCAGGCCGUCACUUAACAGGCAGCACAGAACACCAUACAGUAGUCUUUUCUUUCCCCUAUUUCUGUGUCAUUAUUCGUUAGUCCUCUGUUACUUCCCCAAAGUUGAUAUGUCCGAAACACACAUGUACACACACACACACACACACACACACACACACACACACACACACGCACUUAUGACUGUACAUUUCAUUACAUUACACACAUACACACACACACACACAAAACACCCUGGGCUUUGUUGUGUUUUAUUCCAGCUCCAGAGUUAUUUUUGCUCCCCUUUUCGAUGCCGCCUGUUUUUAAAAUGUGUAAUUUAAAUCAAGAUAUUUCUCAUCCUGAAACAACGGUGAUAAAGCACACUUUUUUUUUCCUCCACAUCUCUAUCCUUGUGUAAAUAUAUGCACCUAUAAGGGGGGGUGGCACCCACAGUAUGACAGGAGUGGGACAAAUGAACAGGUCGAAGGUUUAAUUUAAUAACUAACUAAAUAAAUCCUGACAGCUCCUUCCCAUAUGCACGUCAAAAUUACUGAGUGAGCACAAAACCAGUCUCUCAGUCCAGGUUCACGUCUGUGCACACAAUAUGUAAUGUCAGUUACAGGGCUGGAAAAUGACGAUUGUUGCUAUCAUAAUUGAACCCGCUGAAGAAAUCAUCUGAAUAUAUUAUUUUAAAAUUGCCUAGAACAAUUUUCCAAAGCCUUCGAUAGUCACAAUUAAAUGUUAAUUUUAUUCUAAGUUAUGUAAUCAAACUUGUUAAUUGAGGUUCUUAAUGCUACACAUGUCCCUUUUUUAAACUGUAAAAAAAUCAACCAACAGGUGGCGAGAAAACGAAUCCAGUUUUAAAAAGUACUGACAUGGUAGUCCUGACCUGCUCAAACUGGUUUUGUGCUUAUUCAAUAGUUUUGCUUUUAUUUAAACCUCUGUACCAUCUCCCAGGCAUCACAGCAGCCAUUUAAGUAGAUACAAAUACUUGGAGUGGAGCAAAAUGUUGUCUUUCUUCUCAUCGUGCUUUUAUAGCUUUUAUAUGGUUUGGAGAGAGCAGUUCCCUUGCUUUUGUUCUCUUGCCCUCCUCUAAUUCAUUAGAACUGGCUGACUGGAAUCAAAAAGGGCGAGGGGGGGAGGCAUUGCUUAAAGGAGGGGAUCAUAGUGUUGGAUGGAAAUCUAAUGAUUGUGGUCAGCAUGGAUUUGGAGUUACUGUGUGACUUUCCAUGAUGGGACAACACAUUUGGCUUUGAGGUACUAUGUUUGAGUCUGCAGAAGUCCAAAAUGAAGCCAUAAUGUGCAAAAAGAGAAAAGGAAAAAAAAAAGACAAAGUUUGACACUGUCCAUUGUGAGUGGACACUUUUAAUCGUGGGGUCAUGGUAAAUUAAAGCCACAGCAUUUCUGACAAUGUACUGUUUGGUUGGUUUGAAGGAAACUGAUGCGAUUUUGUUACUGGUCAGUUGAUGAAAGUCUGUUUCUUUGUUUUUUUUAAAGAAUGAAAAAAAAGCAGCAAUAUGUAAAUGUACGGAAGACAAUUAGGGCCAAAAACGAAGUUCUGAAAAAGUAAGAAUUCAUCUGGAACUUUUUUUAAAAAGGCCUUUAUCCUCUUCUGUAAAUGUGUUGAUGCAGGACAGAACGAUGUCUUUGAUUGUGAUUGGGUAUGACAACAAUGCGGAAGAAAUCUUCGGCUGUCUCUACGUGCUUUCAUUUCCUUCGUUUAUUUUGCUUCCCCUUGUUUGUGCCGUUAUGAAAGAGUGAGUAGUGAAAGCAAGUUGUUAAUUGGGUGAUUAUAAUUCCUGUCAAUCCCCCACAGCAGUGAGGGCUUCCACUGGUUUUAUACGCAAGUUUGGUCCCAAUGUGGGCUUUGUAAUAUUUCUCCAAAAAAAAAAGAAAUUUGAAGUGUUGAGUUUGUAGCAAAUACUAAUCUGUGUAAAGACAAGUGGAAAACUGGCAUAUUUUAAACUUUUUUACAUCUGAAGUGUGUAAUUCUGCUCCAUUAUUGUGGAGAUGGCUCUAAUAGGCUAUACUGUACAUGUGAAACAUUGCUCUCCUUCAUAGGGUGGUUGGGGGUGGGGGAUUGUCAUUUGAACCGGGGGCGACAUUCAAAAGGGACAGGGUGCUGAUUUUUGUAUGAUGGAGAGACAAACAUGCUACAACUGAAACUUUUUCUCAAGUGUUUUUUAUUCCGAUGUCUCUGUAUCCUUUAAUGUAUCUUGAUAAGAAAAGAAAUAAAGAUUUUUUUUUUCUUCGUGGUCA